AUGCAUCACGCUCGAUGUACCUGUAAAUCUUGCACCUCCGUGCGCAAUGAUUCUAUACUCCGGUUCGACAAAAAGCUCAACGAUGAGACGAGCGAAGCGUUCGCAUCUCAAAUCCUCUGCGAUGUGCGCGAACUCAUGGUAGACGACGAACAGGACGAAGAGGAAGAAGCACUGAAAAAGCGCAUAAAAAACGAGAAGAGGGAGGAGGAAGAGACGGCGGAGAGAGUGCUCGUGUCGAAUACUAGUGCGACAAACGCCGCAAGUUCAAUCACCUUGAGAGAAAUGAGCGCGUUAUUAUCGCCCAUUCAUCGAGAGUUGAUCGAGUUACGAAGCGAAGUCACAAAGUUAAAGAGUGAUAUCGAAACACUUCGCAGGAAUAAGGAAGAAAAAGUCUCGCACGAACAGGUCUCGAAGAUUGAGCACAAGUUCUUCCCGCUUUCGGUAUCGCCGAUAACAUACGACUCAUUCAAAAUUUCAUCACUUGGCACAUCCUCCGUAGAAGAAAAUGGAGAAAUCACGCUGCUAAGUGAAGUGGAUCGAAUGCUAUCAGGCGUUCGACGGCAGUGCGCAUAA